AUGUCGGGGAAAGUUAUUGUGGUAUUCGCACUGCUGGUUGCAUUGCUUGUAUCUGGAGCAGCUUCCUCACCUGAAGCGUCUGCAGCUGGAGAGACAAAGGAGACAAACGUGCUCCGGCAGCUUCUAGCCAAGCAUGAGACGCUGAAAGACUCCGCUGGAAAACAAAGGCAAGCACCCAGAACCAACUCUGCACGGGUGGAACGACGGACGCACCUUUCAGAUGAUGAACGCGAGAUAAUGACCAAGCAAAUAAUGCAAGCAAUUUCAGAGCUGAUGAACUCUGAGUGCAUGACAGAUCGGGACUACCAGGGCUGGGUGGACUUUGGACGCCGGGACACAGAAUGA